AUGAUGAUGCUUGAUGGUUGCUUCAUUGCCGAACUCUUUCUCAAGCUCAAGCAGCUCAAGAAAAUACAGGAGAAGAUGGAGAAGGUAGUUGAUGGUUGCUUCAAUUUCGAGCUCUCUCUCAAGCUAGCAGAACUAUGCAAGGUGGACCCGAUGUUUAGAACGAUUUGGAUGCUUCCUCUUAUAGGGUAUGAUUUGCUCCUACUCGAAAAUCAAAUUCCUUUUUUGGUAAUGCAGCGUAUUUUCAAAAUGGCUAGUCCGGUGGAUGGUUCACUUACCAAGCUCGCCCUAGAUUUCUUCAAAGACUUCUUGCAUAAAAAUGAGGAAAUUCUGCUCAUGGAUUCCUACCAUCAUCUGCUGCAUUUGUUACAUUUGCAUGUGACACCUAGCGAGGAGUCCAACCUUCCACGCAACCCCAAAAAGAGGAAGAAACUGCUCAUGUUCUUGCGCUCAAGAGGUUUCUUCCCAAAUUCAAAUAGGCCUCAAUUGCCUAUUAGUAAUCAUUCAUCUCCACCGUUGGCGCCCAAGAUAAUCCCUUGCGCGGCUGACCUCCAUCUUGCAGGGGUCAAGUUCAAGAAGAAAGAGAAGUAUAGUAGCAUCUUGGAUAUGAAAUUUACUAAUGGGGUGUUGGAAAUCCCACCGUUGGUGAUAGAUGAAUACACCAAGUCUCUCUUUGGGAACCUGAUAGCGUUUGAACAAUGCUACCCAAAUGCUAUAAUUCACUUCACGACUUACCUUUCUUUCAUGGAAUGCCUCAUGGACACGUCCAAAGAUGUGGCCUUGCUCCAUCGAAGCAAUGUUCAAGAUCCUGAUGGGAACUGUCCAUGUAACCAACCCAAUUUCUGA